UAUCUCUUGAUGGGCCCUGCGGCCCAUCUCCUCUCAUCCUCUCGUACAUUAAGCUUGCGCUCCAGAAAAUUUAAUGCGGGAAACUUUCACCAAAAUUCAUACCUGGAAUCAGUGUAUCAAUUCCUAAUUCACACACAAACAUGAAGGCCACUCUGCGUGCUCCUGCCUCCCGCGCCGGCGCUGUGCGCCCGGUUGCCUCUCUGAAGGCCGCCGCUACUCGCGUCGCCUCCAUCGCUGGUGUUUCCAUUGCCUCUAUGGCUGUUACUCUGGCUGCUCACGCCGGUGCGACCGUGAAGCUGGGCGCUGACUCUGGUGCUCUGGUCUUCGAGCCCUCGACCGUCACCAUUAAGGCUGGCGAUUCGAUCACCUUCGUGAACAACGCCGGCUUCCCCCACAACGUUGUCUUCGAUGAGGACGCUGUGCCGGCCGGUGUGAACGCCGAGGCCAUCUCCCGCGAUGACCUCCUGAACGCCCCCGGCGAGAGCUUCACCGUGAAGCUGGACGCCGCUGGCGAGUACGGGUUCUACUGCGAGCCCCACCAGGGCGCUGGCAUGGUCGGCAAGGUCAUUGUCCAGUAAACUGCUUCGGACCUGCAACAAUUUUGUGAGCGUUGUGAGCGUGUAACGUAUGAAGGGGCCUGCCUCGAUCACCAG